AUGGCAUGUUGCUAUAUUGCUGCAUUCUGCAUAGGCCAGUUGGUUAAAGCCUGCCACUUCCUAGAUGUCGGCAACGGCAUCAAGUACAACGAAGAGAAGGAAGAAUCGGGGAUCGAUUUGCCUUCAAAAUCGUUGAAAGGAAAAACAGAGACCGCCCCGAGCUCUCCAUCGUCACUUGUCCUCUCACUCGGGGGCCUCACCUGCUCCUCUUGCACUCAAGCCGUCGAAGAUGCUCUGGCAGCAGUUCCUGGGGUCAGCAAAGUCAGGGUUUCAUUAACCCUUCAACAGGCGGUUGUAAUUGCAAUAGAGAACACGGCGCUCGACGAGGAGCUGAUGCUUUCCACAGUUCGCGACAUUGGUUACGAAGCCCAGGCUGGACCUAGAUCUCCCCAAAAGAUGAUCGAACUUCUUCAAUACCGAGAGUCCACAGAUCGUCUCGGUUUCACGUUCUCUCACCUAGGGCGUUGUGCUACGAUCCUUCAAGGGUUGUCGUUAUUGCUCUACUUUAUACCAGGCCGAUUUUCUCCCUUCCGAAGUUUGAAGUGGUGUCUUCAUAUAAUGUCCAUGGCUGUCAUGGUCUAUGUCCAAUGUAAGCCAGUUGCCUGGAUCCAUAAGAGUGGUUGGACAUGGCUACGCGGAGGGCGAUUGAAUAUGAAUACCCUGACAUCCUUGUCGAUGAGUCUUGCUUCCCUUCUACCACUUCUAGACUGGGUAGUUACGGGUCGGUUCAACUCAACUUCCUUUUACCCCAUGGCGACCGGACUCGGCCUUGUGGUAGUGGCUGGCAAGUACGUGGACAGCUUGUCCCGGCGAUCUGCGGCUCAGGAUCUUGUUCGUGUUUACAAGCCCAUCCUCGAUGCGGAUUCUAUUACACUGUAUCCAGGAAUGGAGAGAGUGCCGGCUUCAUAUCUAAGGAGAGGUGAUAAAAUCGUUGUGGAACCUCAUACAACUAUUCCAUGCGACUGCUACGUCUUAGAAGGUUCUUCGCUCAUCGGGCAGGCUAUUGUAACAGGAGAGUCUCUUCCUGCAAGGAAGUCUACCGGCGAUUUCGUUCUAGGAGGGACGCGGAACCUCAGCAGUCGAUUGAUUUGCGCUGUUCAGAGAGAGAAAAGCUACUCUUUUUACACCAAGCUUGUGCAGAGCGCAGUAGAGUCAAGCUCGACAUCCUCGAACGACCAUGAGUUUAUCGACACCAUUACGAGACAUUUCGUGGCGGCUGUGAUGGGCUUGUCUUUCUUCGCGCCCUGCUACAGUCUAUAUCCUCUCAUCGGCAAGGCCCCUCCGUAUCAAAUCGUCCAUGAUUGGAUUACACAUACCAUCACAAUCCUCACUUGCGCGUGCCCAUGCGCCAUCAGCCUAGCGAUUCCCUCUGCUGUAGUUGCUGCUAUUGUCACUGCAUGUGGGCAGGGAAUUAUCAUCACUGGCGGCAUAAACACACUCGAAAAGUUGGAAAAGUCAAAGACCGUAGUUUUUGAUAAGACAGGCACACUUACGCAUGCGAAGCUCGAUGUCGAGGAUCUUGACCUUGUCCCGAAGUGGGAAAUGGACAAGGAUAUGAUCUGGGAAUAUGUCUGCACCAUCGAAACCCAAGCGAUCGAUGACCAUCCGAUCGCUAGGGCAAUUCUCGGUGCUGGGCUGCGGGAGCUUGGUGUCAGGUGGGCAGAGAGGCAGGGCCUUCGGAACAGUCGCAAUGUUGUAUCCGACCCGGGAAAAGGAGUCAAGGGCGAGGUUCAGUUAGAAAACCAGCCUUGGCGCCACAUCGCUGUUGGGAGCCAUCGAUAUUUCAAAGAGAUGAACAUCACCGGAACGCCGGAGAGUAUCCCAGACGGCACAAACGGUAGGAUUAUUGUGCUUGUGGCGAUCGAUAAAAAGUAUGCUGCCUCAUUUUUUGUCGCGGACGCUAUCAAGGAAGACGCACCGGGUGUAUUGAGACAGUUGAUGCAGACUGGCUACCACUGCGGCAUGCUCACAGGAGACACUCGAGAGUCCGCUGAACGUGUCUCGCAACAACUGAGACUUCCCAUAAUACAAUCUGGGGCACUACCUGACGAAAAGCAAAAACAUAUCCAAUCCCUCCAGGACUCUGACAAUAUGGUAACGAUGGUCGGGGAUGGUCUCAACGAUGCUCCCUCUCUCGCCGCAGCAGGUGUUGGCGUCGGCCUACAGAAGGACUCAACUACUGCCAUUGCCGGCGGUGCAGUUGUUAUAGUCAACACUAGACUCGGAUCCCUCAUCGACCUCUUCAAAAUUGCGAAGAUGACCAUGGAUCAAGUGAGGUUCAACCUUUACUGGAUCUUGGCUUACAAUGCCUUCACAUUGGGUCUAGCGAUGAAACUCUUCAACCCUUUCAGUAUUUCUUUAACUCCGUCCAUUGCGGCGUUACUCAUGUCAAUAUCAUCAGUCUUCUUGACCAUGCAGAGUUUUUGGCUUCGGAAGCGACUGGAAAGAAUCACUAGAACUCCCGACAACUAG